AUGUGCAAACAAUACAGCUCUGUGAGACCUUCUGACGAUACCACAGCCCCGAGUGUGAGAACCGAGAGCGGCCAACUGCAGAAGAAGCUCCGCUACGUCCGCAAGGAAGGGAACUGCAAUGUCCUUUUCCGCCAUGUCCCCGAGGAGUGGUUACUCUUUGUCGCAGACAUCUUCACCACCUUAGUAGAGAUUAGGUGGAGGGUCAUGUUCCUCAUCUUUGCCCUUUCUUACAUUCUAUCCUGGCUGUUCUUCGGUAUCCUCUUCUGGGUCAUUGCUCUUGCUCAUGGUGAUCUCAAGGACCACACCAAUGACCCCUGCGUGUAUGAGGUGCGCAGUUUCACCGCUGCCUUCCUUUUCUCACUAGAAACUCAAACCACCAUUGGCUACGGCUUCAGAGGGAUGUCGGAGAACUGCAUGGUGGCCAUCAUCAUCGUCACCAUACAAGACGUCAUUAGCUGCUUCAUUGACACCUUUGUCAUUGGGAUCGUAGUUGCGAAAAUGGCCUCUGCCAGAAAAAGGGCCCAGACAGUGGGAUUUAGCAACUCCGCUGUUAUCAACCUACGUGACGGUUUCUUGUGCCUCUCCUGGCGAGUUGGAGACUUUCGCAGGCACCACAUGGUGGAAGGGAUGGCCCGCGCUCAGAUAGUCCGCUCCACCUUGCACACCACUGGGAAAGUGGAUGUGACCUACAAGGACUUGCACAUUCAACAGAGUGAGAUUGUCCUGGUCACACCCACCAUCAUCAUCCACAAGAUCGAGCCUGGAAGCCCACUGCACAAGAUGAGUCUGGUGGACCUGCGGAAGGAUGACUUUGAGCUGGUGGUGUCAUUCACCUACAUGGACGACUCCACCGGCAUCCUCCAUCAGAGCCGCACCUCCUACACAUCGGCUGAGAUCCUCUGGGGUCAGGUGUUCCAGGAUAUGAUAAGAGUCAGCAGGAGGCACUACAGUGUAGACUACGCCAUGUUUCAUCACACUGCCAGGGUCUUAGUGCCCGAGGUGAGUGCUCAGGAGUAUGACCGCAAGAAACGUUUACGGCCCUCUCCGCGUAGUUCACCGAGGCAUUCUCCCCGAUCUUCUCCGAAGCCUUCUCCAAUGUCUUUGCCACAGCAAAGUCAGCAGGGGCAGAAUCUGCAACCCCCAACAGUGACAGUGGAACUCGUAAAUGACGACAACCCGGAAUCUAAAAUAGCUGUCACCGUUGAAACGUCUCAAGAAGAUCGCCAGCAGCAAGACUCUUUGGCUCCCCCCAGUGACCUCAUUCCAUGA